GAGUGAGAGAGAGAGACCAGCGCGCCUACAGACUAUCACCAGUCAGUUAGUUGCAGCAACCUUGUAACGGACAACUCUUCCCCCAGUCGGCCCUGAACAUUUAGCCAGAGAAGCGGCCAGCAUGGAUAACUUGUACGAGACCGUAGCGGAGGGGAGCGUGUAUGAGCGGCCCGACAGUCCUGCCAAGGCCACGUAUGAGAACCAAGGAGCUAUCUAUGAAACUCCCAGUGAGGUGGAAGAGGCGUUGCACAGAGAGGAGCAGGUGUACUCAUCCCUGAGAGGGAAGCAAUCUUCACCGGACUACAUGGACACCAGAGACGCGCCGGAACGGGCAGCAGAUAAAGAUUGUUCUUCUUCAGCCUCCUCGUACGGCAACAACGAGGACGAUAAGUGCAUGGUGGAGGAGAUUAAAUUAGCAGCAGAGGUUGAGGCUGUCCUCGAGGUUAACGGUGAUGGAGCUGGCUCGAGACGGUCAUCGUCAUCAUCAUCCUCCUCUUCCUCCUCCAAGCACGAGGGCAACCUGCAGGACAGGCUGGCGGAUGCCUAUAGCCACAGUGAGAAGAGUCUGAGCGACAAGGAGGAGGAAGAACCGGUGGACUACAGUCUGAAGACCAUCGAGACUCUAGAAGCCAUUACUCUGAACGAGGACAGUGCCACUCCUGAUGACCCCAAUGCACCCGAAAUCUCCCUGUUUGUCAAGGCGGGUAGUGAUGGAGAGAGUAUCGGGAACUGUCCGUUCUCCCAGCGUCUCUUCAUGAUCCUGUGGCUGAAGGGAGUGGUCUUCAAUGUAACCACCGUCGACCUCAAGAGGAAGCCAGCUGACCUUCAUAACCUAGCCCCAGGGACCCAUCCUCCCUUCCUGACAUUUAAUGGAGAGGUGAAGACAGACAUCAACAAGAUAGAAGAGUUCCUGGAGGAUGUACUGGCUCCACCCAAGUACCCUAAGUUGGCAGCCAAGCAGAGAGAGUCCAACACAGCUGGAAACAACAUCUUUGCCAAGUUCUCAGCGUACAUCAAGAACACCAAGCCUGAAGCUAAUGGAGUCCUGGAGAAGGGUCUGUUGAAGGCACUGAAGAAGUUAGAUGACUACCUGGCUGGUCCCCUCCCAGAGGAGAUCGAUGCCGACAGCAUGGAGGAGGAGAGGGGGUCCACAAGACGCUUCCUGGAUGGAGAUGAGCUCACCCUGGCUGACUGCAACCUACUGCCCAAACUACAUAUAGUCAAGGUGGUUGCUAAGAAGUAUCGUAACUAUGAGAUUCCGUCUGAGCUGGGUGGGGUGUGGCGCUAUCUGAAGAAUGCCUACACACGAGACGAGUUCACCAACACCUGCGCUGCCGACAACGAGAUAGAGAUGGCUUACCUGGAUGUGGCCAAGAGACUGGAGAAGUGACCUUUAACCCCUAACCUACAACCAUGAUUUUUAACCCCUGGCCUCUAACCCCUGUCCUCUAACCCCUGUCCUCUAACCUACAAGCCUGAUUUUUAACCCCUUGAAACUUAAUCCCUGAUCUCUAACCCCUGACCUCUAACCCCUGACCUCUAAUCCCUGACCUCUAACCCCUGUUCUCUAACCUACAAGCCUGAUUUUUAACCCCUUGAAACUUAAUCCCUGAUCUCUAACCCCUGACCUCUAAUCCCUGACCUCUAACCCCUGAUCUCUAACCCCUGACCUCUAACCUUCAAGUGUGAUUUUUAACCCCUUGACUCCUAAUCCCUGACCUCUAACCCCUGAUCUCUAACCCCUGACCUCUAACCUUCAAGUGUGAUUUUUAACCCCUUGACUCCUAAUCCCUGACCUCUAACCCCUGAUCGCUAACCCCUGACCUCUAACCCCUGACCUCUAAUCCCUGACCUCUAACCUUCAAGUGUGAUUUUUAACCCCUUGACUCCUAAUCCCAAAACCCAUAUCAGCAGUUAUCAUGAAGCCAGUCCACAGUGACCAGCUGGUUGUAUUUAUUCAUCAUUUCCCCUGCUGUAGUCUGCCGCCACCAUCCACAUCUGGCUACUGAUUAUACUAAUAUAUUGAUUGCUGUAUUGAUCUGUAAGCGUUGAAAGGUCCAUUACAAUCACGAGCUUCACUUGGUUGAUUUUCAUAUCGUGUUGCUGUAGUCUCUCUAUUUGAGACAGAUCUUAUGUUGAGAAGUUGAUUUGAUCAUUUGUUAACAAAUUUUAAUGUAUUUUAAAAACUUUGGAACAAACAAGGAGAAAUGGCUAUGGGUGUAGUCCAGUGGGUUACUAUAGGAACAGGGUUACUAUAGGAACAGGGUUACUAUAGGGAACAGGGUUAUUAUAGGGAACAGGGUUAUUAUAGGGAACAGGGUUAUUAUAGGGAACAGGGUUAUUAUAGGGAACAGGGUUAUUAUAGGGAACAGGGUUAUUAUAGGGAACAGGGUUACUAUAGGGAACAGGGUUAUUAUAGGGAACAGGGUUAUUAUAGGGAACAGGGUUACUAUAGGGAACAGGGUUACUAUAGGGAACAGGGUUAUUAUAGGGAACAGGGUUAUUAUAGGGAACAGGGUUACUAUAGGGAACAGGGUUACUAUAGGGAACAGGGUGACUAUAAGGAACAGGGUGACUAUAGGGAAGCACUUUAUACUGUGUGUGGCCUCUGAUAGAAGCCUGGAACAAAGCUCUCUUCUGGUUGAUUCUCCUGAAUAAACCUGUUGCUACGUUGUUGCUAUAGUUUAACUUUGAUUGUGCAUCGGAACCAAUUCUAGAAUGGAUCUCAUCCUGAACCAUGUGCCUAUUUGGAAAUGUCCAAAUUCCAAGCCAAGUAAAAACGGAUUGAUUAACAUGAUAAUAACAUUCUUUAUUCAAUUAAAUCCUAAACGUUUGUCUACCAGGUGUUUAGAAUAUUUAACCUCUAGCUAUCAGUUGUUAGAACGUGUCCGUCGUGUUGGUUUAAUGUGGAGUUAAAAGAGAUUACUUUAGAUUCAGAGAAUAUUUAUUUAGAGUCCAUUCAGGCUUGGGCGAUGACAAUGUACCAGAUCCACCCUAGAGUGGUUAGAGUCUGGCAGGCGUCUGUAAUGUAGUCAGCCUGGAACGCAGACACAAUUUCCACGCAGCGAGUUCAGAUUCUAAAACUUUAUUGUCCAUUCAGGGUAAAACAGUCAUCAGUCUCUGUCUCAUGGUCUUUGGCUGACUUCCUGUCUAUAACCUGUGUGCUUCCUGUUCUGACCCAUAGUGUUCUGGUGUGGUUUGGAUGCUCAUGUGAUCUGAAAUAAGAGCCAUGUUUAGAGUGGCCCGCGAGGAAAUAAAAUCAUAUUUUCACAGAUA